AGGAGAAACAAACUUCGCAUUUUCGCAUUAAAUCCAUUUAAAAACAUAACGAAAAAAAAAAAAGAAUAGAAUUUAUAAAAAGCGGAGAAAGAUAAAAUAUAAAUGAAAAGGAGACAACGGCAACAACGGCGAAAAAUACAAAACCAGAGAUAACAGCGACGCCACGAAGCGGCUUCUUAAUAUCGAAAUGAGAAUCCAAAACUCUAAGUAUUUUGUUUUUGUCAUUUUUGUGAGUUUUUCGGUGACGAAAUCCGAUUACGAAAUUUGAUUUGAUCGGCUUCUAAUUCAGAAUUUUGGUGGUUGCAAAUGGAGUCGCUGAUCGAACUCUGCGACAUUAUAACAAAAAAUCCGGCGCAAUUUGGUGAUAAACUCGCCUGGAUUUGCGGUAGGUGUCCGCAGCAGGAGUCGCUUCUGGGCGGAUCGCCUAGGAUUUCAAGGUCACAACUCAAUGCGGUGCUCGCCGUUGCUCGAUUUGUCUCUAAAUGCCCCCAUUCCACUGAUAACCGCCCCAAAUCGCUGAUACUAGAGUUUAUUCGGGCCAUUCCGGCGUCGUUUCGUCGUUCCUUUUGGCCGCAGUCGUACAACUCCGAUUCAAUUGCUUCAUUCUUCGUUGAUUUCUUGAAAUACGUGUCUGAAUCCGCUGAUUCGUGUCCUGAUUUCGCUUCCGAGAUCGCCGAGUUGGCCGGGGAGGUUGUUACGACCUCGAUUAAUAGCCACAAUACCAACAGCAACGAUUCGGCAAUUUCUAGGGCUUUCUUGUUUGCUUUGUCGCAGAAUUUCCCGCCAGUUUUGCCGUCCGAUGCAGAAAAAUUGAUAAAUUACCUUUUCGAUCAGUUAGCUAUUUCAGUUCCGGCAUCACCGAGGGAGCUAAUUCGAGGAAACUCGGAGACAUCGUCUUCUCGAAGUUCACCUUUGAGCGUCAACCAUUUUCAUGGCAAUGAGGUUUCGAGCCCAGCGAAUGAUUCUUUAAGAGGGUCAUUGAUGGCAAACGGAGGUGGUGCGUAUUGGAAGAGUGGUGCUGAUAAGGUAGGGAACACGAAUUUGAUCAGCGAUGGAGGUGGGGCUAUUUUUAGGCAACAAGUUGCGUCGUUCGAGGACGAGUCUGUGGAGAGCUUGGAGAAGCAAGAAGUUGCUUUUAAAUUGAUGGCUCAUAUUUUGGACAAAGUAAGCAUUGAUCAAAAGCUUUUGGAGCAAGUGAGAUUUAUUGCGAAGAAGCAGCUUCAAUCUAUGUCUGCAUUUCUAAAGAUAAGGAAGCGUGAUUGGACUGAACAAGGGCCCCUUUUAAAAUCCAGAAUUAAUGCUAAACUAUUAGUUUAUCAAGCUACUGCCAGGAUGCAAAUUAAAAGUCUUUUAUCUCUUGAAGCGGAUGCUAAGACCUCAAAGAAAUUGGUGCUUGAGAGUCUUGCAUUGUUGAUAGAUGCUGCUGAAGCUUGUCUGCUCUCUGUAUGGCGAAAGUUGAGAUCUUGCGAGGAGCUUUUCAGUUCCUUGCUUUCUGGGAUUGCACAAGUUGCAGUUCCUAGGGGAGGGCAGCCAUUGCGUGUUUUGCUCAUUCGUCUCAAACCCCUUGUGCUGGCUGCAUGCAUGCAGGCCGAUACUUGGGGCAGCAGCCAAGGAGCCAUGUUUGACAUUGUUCUUAAGACAUGUUGUGAGAUUAUUGAAUCUGGCUGGAUGAAAGACCGUGCCCCAAUAGAUACAUUUAUCAUGGGAUUAGCUACAAGUAUUCGUGAGAGAAACGAUUAUGAGGAGCAGGUUGAUAAAGAGAAACAAGCAGUUCCAGCUGUACAGCUUAAUGUGAUACGUUUGUUGGCUGAUUUAAAUGUGGCUAUCAGCAAGCCUGAAGUGGUGGACAUGAUACUUCCGCUUUUCAUUGAAAGCUUAGAAGAGGGUGAUGCUAUAACUCCUAGUUUACUACGACUUCGACUUCUUGAUGCUGUAUCUCGCAUGGCAAGUUUAGGUUUUGAGAAGUCAUAUCGGGAGACAGUUGUUCUGAUGACGAGAAGCUACUUGAUUAAACUAUCAAGUGUAGGGUCUGCUGAAAGCAAAACCCUGGCACCAGAGGCCACUACAGAACGUGUAGAGACUCUUCCUGCAGGGUUUCUUUUGAUUGCCACUGGUCUUAAGAGUUCAAAAUUGCGCUCAGACUAUCGUCAUCGGCUGUUAUCCUUGUGCUCUGAUAUAGGCUUGGCUGCUGAGUCAAAAAGUGGAAGGAGUGGAGCUGAUUUUCUAGGGCCCCUACUUCCUGCUGUUGCUGAAAUAUGUUCUGAUUUUGAUCCUACAGUUGAUGUGGAACCUUCACUGCUGAAGUUAUUCCGCAACUUGUGGUUCUAUGUUGCUCUUUUUGGACUGGCACCUCCCAUACAGAAGACUCAAACACCUACAAAAUCAGUUUCAACUACAAUAAACAGUGUGGGAAGCAUGGGUACUAUUGCCCUUCAAGCAGUGGGUGGACCAUAUAUGUGGAAUGCACUUUGGUCUUCUGCUGUCCAGCGUAUUGCUCAAGGGACUCCUCCCCUUGUUGUCAGCUCUGUGAAAUGGCUUGAAGAUGAGUUGGAACUGAAUGCCCUUCACAAUCCUGGCAGUCGUCGUGGGAAUGGCAAUGAGAAAGCUGCUGUAAGCCAAAGGACAGCUCUUUCUGCUGCUUUAGGUGGGCGAGUUGAUGUUGGAGCAAUGAGCACAAUAUCAGGUGUAAAAGCAACCUAUCUUCUUGCUGUGGCUUUCCUGGAGAUAAUACGUUUCAGCAGUAAUGGUGGCAUCCUUAAUGGUGGCACUAGUUUGACCGCUUCUAGAAGUGCCUUCAGUUGUGUCUUUGAAUACUUGAAGACUCCAAAUCUUAUGCCAGCUGUCUUCCAAUGUUUGACAGCAAUUGUGCACAGGGCAUUUGAAACAGAAGUGUUAUGGCUGGAAGACCGAAUAACUGAAACAGGCAAUGAAGCUGUGAUUAGAGAAUCAACCGUUUUUGCACAUGCUUGUUUUCUAAUAAAUAGUAUGUCACAGAGGGAAGAGCACAUUCGGGAUAUUGCUGUGAACCUAUUGAUUCAGCUAAGAGAUAGAUUUCCUCAGGUUUUGUGGAAUUCAUCUUGUCUUGAUUCACUGCUCUUUUCUGUUCAAAAUGACACUCCUACUGUUGUCAAUGAUCCUGCUUGGGAAGCAGCUGUUCACGCUUUAUACCAAAAAACUGUUCGGGAAUGGAUUGUCAUAUCACUUUCACAUGCUCCAUGUACUACCCAGGGUCUUCUCCAGGAGAAGCUUUGCAAAGCAAACACAUGGCAGAAGGCACAGCAUACAACUGAUGUGGUGUCUCUAUUAUCUGAGAUAAGGAUUGGAACAGGAAGAAAUGAUUGUUGGGCUGGAAUAAGGACUGCAAAUAUUCCUGCAGUCAUGGCUGCAGCAGCUGCUGCAUCAGGAGCAAAUUUAAAGUUGUCAGAAUCCUUCAUCUUAGAGGUCCUCAGUACUGGUAUAGUCAGUGCAACAGUUAAAUGCAACUAUGCAGGAGAAAUUGCUGGCAUGAGAAGGUUGUAUAAUAGCAUUGGUGGAUUUCAAUCUGGUGCCCCACAAACAGGUUUUGGUAGUGGCCUCCAAAGGUUGAUCUCUGGAGCAUUCUCUCAACUGCCACAAACUGAGGAUGAUUCAUUUAAUGAGAUGUUACUUUCAAAGUUCGUGCGUCUCCUUCAACAAUUUGUUAAUACUGCUGAGAAAGGUGGAGAAGUGGAUAAGUCACAGUUCCGUGAAAUUUGUUCUCAGGCAACUGCAUUGCUUCUGUCAAAUCUGGUAGAACUAUCACUAUUUCAUAUAUAUGGUUCUGCUACAAAAGCUAAUUUGGAGGGCUUCUCACAACUUCUGCGUCUUCUCUGCUGGUGUCCAGCUUAUGUUUCGACCCCUGAUGCUAUGGAGAUUGGUGUUUUCAUCUGGACUUGGCUGGUUUCUGCUGCUCCGCAGUUGGGGUCUCUUGUCCUUGCGGAACUUGUCGAUGCAUGGUUAUGGACAAUUGAUACAAAACGAGGUCUCUUCGCAUCUGAUGUGAAAUACUCUGGACCUGCUGCAAAAUUAAGGCCCCACUUGGCCCCUGGGGAACCAGAGGUGCUACCCAAUAUCAAUCCUGUUGAGCAAAUAAUUGCUCAUAGAUUGUGGCUGGGUUUUUUUAUUGACCGUUUUGAGGUAGUGCGUCACAAUAGUGUUGAGCAACUUUUGCUCCUUGGUCGAAUGUUGCAAGGAACGACCAAACUUCCUUGGAAAUUUUCACAUCAUCCGGCAGCCGCUGGCACCUUCUUCACCUUCAUGCUUCUUGGUCUUAAGUUAUGCUCGUGUCAAUACCAAGGGAAUUUGCAGAAUUUUAGAACUGGGCUUCAGCUGUUGGAAGAUAGAAUAUACCGGGCUUCUUUGGGCUGGUUUGCCUAUGAGCCCGAGUGGUACGACAUGAACAAUAUGAAUUUUGCUCAGAGUGAGGCUCAAUCUGUCUCUGUCUUUGUUCACUAUCUUUCAAAUGAGAGGGUAGAUUCUCUGCAAUCUGAUUCCAAGGGCCAUGCACGUGAGAAUGGGAACUCUUUGGUUGAUGUGAAUAAUCAAUAUCACCCUGUCUGGGGCCAAAUGGACAACUAUGCUGUGGGAAGAGAAAAACGAAAGCAGCUGCUUCUAAUGCUGUGCCAGCAUGAAGCUGAUAGGCUUGAAGUUUGGGCACAACCUCUUUCAAAGGAAGGAAUAUCUUCUCGGCCCAAAAUCAGCACAGACAAAUGGAUUGAAUAUGCAAGGACUGCUUUCUCAGUGGAUCCACGUAUUGCUUUUUCCUUGGCCUCAAGGUUUCCAACAAACACUUAUCUGAACGCUGAAAUAACUCAGCUGGUCCAGUCGCAUAUAUUGGACAUCCGCUGUAUACCCGAGGCAUUGCCUUAUUUUGUCAACCCAAAGGCAGUUGAUGAAAAUUCAGCACUUUUGCAACAACUGCCUCACUGGGCUGCUUGUUCAAUUACACAAGCUCUCAAAUUCCUUACUCCUGCAUAUAAGGGUCAUCCUCGUGUCAUGGCUUAUGUUCUAAGGGUUUUGGAGUCCUAUCCUCCUGAAUGUGUAACCUUCUUCAUGCCACAACUUGUGCAAGCUCUGCGAUAUGAUGAAGGGAGGUUGGUAGAAGGGUAUUUGCUUAGAGCAACUCAAAGAAGUGACAUAUUCGCACAUAUUCUAAUAUGGCAUCUGCAGGGUGAGACAUGUGAACCGGGGAAAGAUGCAAGUGGAAAGAAUAGUUCAUUUCAAGCACUGUUACCAAUUGUUCGAAAACAUAUUAUCGAUGGUUUUACACCGAAGGCCCUUGACUUGUUCCAAAGAGAAUUUGAUUUCUUUGACAAAGUUACAUCCAUUUCUGGUGUCCUAUUUCCUCUUCCAAAGGAGGAACGCCGGGCUGGCAUCCGGAGGGAGUUAGAGAAAAUUCAAAUGGAGGGAGAGGACCUUUAUUUGCCAACCGCUCCUAAUAAGCUUGUUAGGGGUAUUCGAGUUGAUAGUGGAAUACCCCUGCAAUCGGCGGCAAAAGUUCCUAUUAUGAUCACAUUUAAUGUCGUUGAUCGGGACGGUGACCAGAAUGACAUAAAGCCCCAGGCUUGCAUUUUCAAGGUUGGAGAUGAUUGUCGGCAAGAUGUUCUUGCUCUUCAAGUGAUAGCUCUUCUAAGAGACAUAUUUACAGCAGUUGGACUUAAUCUCUAUUUAUUUCCUUAUGGUGUUCUUCCAACUGGCCCAGAGAGAGGUAUAAUUGAGGUUGUGCCUAAUACACGAAGCAGAAGCCAGAUGGGUGAAACGAAUGAUGGUGGUUUGUACGAGAUCUUUCAACAGGAUUAUGGGCCUGUUGGCUCUCCUAGCUUUGAAGCUGCUCGCAGAAACUUUAUAAUUAGCAGUGCAGGCUAUGCCGUAGCAAGCCUUUUACUUCAACCAAAGGAUCGGCACAAUGGCAACCUUCUUUUUGACGAUGCUGGGAGGCUUGUUCAUAUUGAUUUUGGUUUCAUCUUGGAAACAUCACCUGGUGGGAAUAUGCGGUUUGAGAGUGCACAUUUCAAGUUAAGUCAUGAGAUGACUCAAUUACUAGACCCAUCAGGGGUUAUGAAAAGUGAAACUUGGGACAACUUUGUAAGCUUGUGUGUUAAGGGAUACCUCGCUGCCCGCCGUUAUAUGAAUGGGAUUAUCAACACGGUGUUGCUAAUGCUUGACAGUGGAUUGCCUUGCUUUAGCAGGGGUGAUCCCAUUGGAAAUCUUCGCAAGAGAUUCCAUCCCGAGAUGAGUGAGCGUGAGGCUGCCAAUUUCAUGAGAAAUGUCUGCAUAGAUGCCUACAAUAAGUGGACGACUGCUGGCUAUGACCUAAUACAGUAUUUGCAGCAAGGCAUUGAGAAGUGAAGUUACUGGAAAUCAUCUUGGAAUGUACAUGAGUGUUUGUAAUUUUAUAAUUAUUUUUCCCCCUAUAGUAAACAAUUUUCUCGAGGAAAUUCCACCAAAGCAAUGCUAGGAAACAUAAAAGAAGCGACACACAAACACCCGGUUGAUGUUGAGGAGAAAUUUUCUUAAGUCUAAACGGCAGCUUAGUUUUGUUUGUAACCUAGUGGCGGAUAUCCUUGUUAGGUUUGUAAAAUUACAGCUUUCUAAUUUCCAUUUGUUAAUGAAAUUAAUUCGCGUGAAUAUGCAUGAGGAAUAGCUGCUGUUCGGAAAUAGCCAUAUUUGUACUGUCUACAAAUAUUGAAUUCAAGGUUUAUGCUUUUACUCUCACCAAGAAACCGUUCUAUUAUUGCAACUCUGGAUCCUAAGCUGAGCUUCAUCUCUGUUUUAAUUGUGACAGACUCGGGUUCUUGAUUGUUCGCCUUCUAUUCUAUAUUGUGCUACUCUCAUUCUUUAACAAUUAACAUGAUAGGGAGAGUCAAUAAAAAACCAUGAUUGGGAGUCAUACGAUUAUAAGAAAAUGUGGUAAUGAUUUUGGCAUGAUCCAAACUGAAAAUGCUGAACUUAGAACAGGAAGAUUAUUAUGAACCAAAUCAUAAAACACAACCAAGGGACAAAUUGGACAAUCAUCCAUAUCGAAUACAACCAACGAAGCAAUUUGCAACCUCUACUUUUACCUCCACAAUUACUGGAGCUUCUUCAAAUUUUUCAAUAAUAAUAAUAAUAACAAUAAAAAAAAUCAAGUUAGGCUGUAUUCAACACUAUAUAUAACAAACU